UUCUUAGAAACUUCGAACAGGCCUAGUCGACCACGGGCUCACGGCCGAUGUGUUUGCGUGUUCGCUGCCGUGCGGAAAGUGAAAUCGUGUCAUAUGCUACAGAUUAUUUACGUCAAACAAUCGCACAACCAUGCAGGACGAGGUCUUGCUUCCCAUUGAUAUCCAAACCAACAAGUUGCUGGAUUGGUUGAUAAGCAGACGACACUGCAACAAGGACUGGCAAGCGAAGGCACUGGUCGUACGAGAGAAGAUCAAUGGCGCCAUCCAGGACAUGCCAGAGGUCGAGGAAAUCACGAACCUCCUCGCGGGAACGUACAUCCACUACUUUCACUGCCAGAGGAUAGUGGAAAUCUUGAAGGACACGGAGGCCAGCACGAAGAACCUCUUUGGCCGGUACUCCUCGCAGCGGAUGAAGGACUGGCAGGAAAUCAUUCGCCUUUACGAAAAGGACAAUGUUUACCUUGCGGAGGCUGCUCAGAUGAUCAUACGCACCGUCAACUAUGAAGUACCAGCCUUGAAGCGGCAGAUAGCAAAAUGUCAGCAGAUCCAAGAGGAAGCGGUCAAGAAAGAGGCCGAUUAUGCCAAGCAUGCCCAAGACCUGAGGGACAGGUAUCAACAAGAAUGCAAGCAGUUGGGCAUAAAGGGCGAGUGCAUCAAGAAGGAACUUCUCUCUCUACUGGAUGAGUUACCUGGCCUCUUUGAAGGCGCCGUCAAAGAACUGCACAAGGCUCAGCCGGCCAUUGAUCUCUACAGACUGUUCCUUGGCUUCACUGUGCCAUCAAGCAAAGCAGAUGGCAGCAGCAAGGCGGUGCCGCUGAUGCAAUUCCUUAUCACUCAUGGCAACGUUACGACGUACCAGUGGCGGCACGGUGAACCACCCGAGGUGGUUGAGGAAACGCUGCCCGUGCUGCCAGUGGACAUUGAUAACGGCAACAGUGAUGACCAGAUCGAUUUUGGUGACCUUGAUCUUGGAACGGGUGCCAGUGACUCCGCUGCCACGUCCCCCAAUGGAGAUUUCGUCCACGUGGGCUUUGGUGAGGGCGAAGAGGCAAUCGAAGUAGCCGGUGGAGAUGCCAUCUCUUGGGACAUUAGUGUCGAAGCCGACGGCACUGCGGGAGACGGCACUGCUGAGAAGAUCCUUG